AUGACCUUUGAAAUUUACAUUCCGGAUAACCUGAGCUUCCAGGACUACAUCGCUGUGGUUCAAACAGCAAGGGUCUGGGCGGAUGGUUACGACAGAAAGAGUGAGGAGCGACUCCUUGCAGCUCUAGCACCAGAAGUUUCAGUCGACUACACGUUGAUCGUGCCGGCGUGGGGAAUAAAGCAGUACAAGGCAGCCGAGUUCGCGACACUUUGGCUUUCAGAAGAGCACCUAGGCCUGAAGCCUUUAGUGACGCAGCACCUCCUGGCGCAGCCAUAUUUCAAGAAGGUCUCUGCCGAUGAGAUUGUGGUGGAGUGGCAGCAACUCGCGAGUCAUGGGCGACUACAAGACGAUGAUGAGGGCGCGAGGGAUGCGUCUGCUGCCAGGAUCAACGAGACCAGUGAUGGGAGGAGUCACAUGCAGCAUCAAUUUGUCAAGGUUGGCGGUCUCUGGAAAAUCGCGACAAUUACCCCUUCUCUGCUUUAUCAGACUGGGGACUUUAUGCGUGUGAGAAGACCAGCGCGUGAGCAAUAG